AUGGCCGAUACCCUCAGUCUCCAAGGCAAAGUAGCCAUCGUCACCGGCUCAGGUCGAGAGAAUGGCAUUGGCGCUGGAAUCGCCCUUGCCCUUGCUCGCAACGGCGCCUCAGUGAUAGUCAACUACGUCUCUGACUCGACCAGAGAUCGUGCCGAAGUUGUCUGCAACAGACUCCGCAAAGCAGGUGGUCAAGCCAUCGCCAUCCAAGCUUCCGUCGAUACCAAAGAGGGAGCUGAAUAUCUUGUGAACAAAACACUGGAGGUUUUCAAGACCGAUCAUAUUGAUGUCUUGGUCAAUAACGCGGGAACCGCGCACUUCUGCCCCAUCACUGAGGAGCCUAACGUUGACGAGUUGACCAAGGUCUUCCAACUCAACGUCCUUGGCGCCUUUUUCAUGGUCCACUACGUUAUUGCCCACAUGCCCACCGGCGGUCGAAUCAUCAACAUCAGUUCCACGAACUCUAAGAGAGGGAAUGUCAAUAUCUCUUCUUACGCCGCAUCUAAGGCCGCUUUAGAUAGUUUGACUUGGACUUGGGCAGCAGAACUUGGACGCAGUAAGGGCAUUACCGUCAACUCUGUAGCUCCAGGUCCGGUCAUCACAGACAUAUAUCCCAAGGGGAUGGAAGAACAGUUGUCAUCGGAAGAAAUUUCCCUUACUAGAGCUGCCGACCGAGCGGGAACGCCGGGCGACAUUGGCGAUGCUGUGCUUUUAUUGGUCAAUGAGAAGUCCAGAUGGAUCACAGGACAAUACAUCGGAGUCAGUGGAGGAGUAACAUAUUAG